CUUCUUUUUUCUUAUUUAAAAGUUGAUGAAGUGGUCCACUCCAUGUGGCUGCUUCUCCUUUGAAAUCUGUAUGGUUGAGCUUGAGCUUCCAACAUUAGUUUACCUUCCCCUUUUUGAAUGCUUUUUCAAAUUGGGGAAUAUUUAACUGGUGGAGAGUUUUUCUCGGUUUGUGGGAAUUCAGAGGACCGGAGAGGGAGAGGCGUUGCUUUCUUGCAGUCAUUAUUUGCUGUUAUAGCAUUGUUGAAAGAGAUCUGGCGGAAGGUUUCAUCACAUUUUGUAAGCAACUUCUGCUAUUCUGGUGUAGAUUUGUUGGUCGGCGUUAUAGUUCGUUCGAUGGAUCCCGAGUCUGCAAAGAGUGUUGAUCAUCAAAAGAAGAAUUCGUGGAAGGCUGUCUUGCUUCUCGCAUUUCAGAGUUUGGGAGUUGUGUACGGUGAUUUGAGUAUUUCUCCUCUAUAUGUCUACAAAACCACAUUUGCAGAAGAUAUUGAGCAUUCCGGUACAAAUAUAGAGAUCUACGGCGUGCUUUCCUUUGUUUUCUGGACGCUUACGCUUGUGCCUUUGUUCAAGUAUGUCUUCAUAGUUCUUAGAGCAGAUGAUAAUGGUGAGGGUGGCACUUUCGCUCUUUAUUCUUUGAUUUGCAGGCAUGCAAAUGUGAGCCUUAUGCCAAAUAGGCAGGAUUCAGACGAAGAACUUUCUACCUACAUAAUAGAUACCCCAGCAGAUAGGCAAACUAAUUCUAGGAUCAAAAUCUGGCUGGAGAAGCGCAGAACUUUGCAUACUGCCCUUCUUAUAGUAGUAUUGCUUGGUACUGGAAUGGUGAUUGGAGAUGGAGUCCUGACUCCAACUAUGUCCGUUUUCUCCGCAGUUUCAGGGCUGGAACUUUCAAUGUCAAAGCAGCACCACGAAUAUGCGGUGGUUCCUAUCACCUGCUUUAUAAUAAUAUGUCUUUUUGCACUUCAACAUUAUGGCACUCAUCGGGUUAGUUUCAUAUUUGCACCUAUCAUUUUGACCUGGCUGAUUUGCAUCAGUGCACUUGGCAUAUACAAUAUUGCUACGUGGAAUCCAAGCAUCUUCCAGGCACUUUCUCCAUACUAUAUGUUCAAUUUUCUGAAGAAAACGAAGAAAGGUGGUUGGAUGUCAUUGGGGGGAAUCUUGUUAUGCAUCACAGGUUCAGAAGCAAUGUUUGCAGAUCUUGGCCAUUUCUCAUACUUAUCCAUGCAGAUUGCAUUCACGUUGGUCGUCUAUCCGGCUCUUAUUUUAGCAUACAUGGGUCAAGCCGCUUAUCUAUCAAAACAUCACAUGAUUGAUACUGGUUACAAAAUUGGCUUUUAUGUUUAUGUUCCAGAAGUGAUCCGGUGGCCUGUGCUUAUAUUGGCAAUUGCAGCUGCUGCAGUAGGAAGCCAGGCAAUCAUCAGCUGUACCUUCUCCAUUAUAAACCAGAGCCAAGCUCAUGGUUGCUUUCCUAGGGUCAAGGUAAUUCAUACGUCUGACAAGAUAAGUGGUCAGAUUUACAUUCCAGAGAUCAAUUGGAUACUUAUGAUCCUGUGCUUAGCAGUUGCUGUUGGGUUUAGAAACUUAAAGCACUUGGGAAAUGCACAAGGUCUAGGGUUGAUGACAGUAAUGCUGGUAACCACAUGUCUCACCUCCCUAGUCAUUAUCAUAUCGUGGAAAAGAUCCCCUCUUAUAGCUCUAUCCUUCUUCAUGUUCUUUGGCUCCAUUGAAGUCUUCUAUUUCUCUGCCUGUGUCACAAAGUUCCUCGAUGGCGCCUGGCUUCCAGUCCUUCUUGCCAUCCUUCUCAUGACCAUCAUGUUCAUCUGGCAUUACGCCACUACAAAGAAGUAUGAACAUGAUCUCCACAACAAAGUGUCGCUUGAAUGGCUGUUGGCCCUAGGGGAGAACAUCGGAGUCGCCCGCGUCCCCGGUAUCGGCCUCGUGUACACUGAUCUUAUAUCUGGAGUCCCCUCCAACUUCUCACGUUUCAUCACCAACCUACCCGCCUACCACCGCAUCCUGGUCUUUGUCUGCAUCAAGUAUGUACCCGUCCCCUUCGUACCUCCUGCUGAAAGAUACAUGUUAGGCCGUGUAGGUCCCAAAGAACAUCAUUCCUAUCGCUGCAUUGUUCGAUACGGAUAUCGCGAUGUGCACCAGGACGUGAACUCUUUCGAGACCGAACUUGUUGCCAGUCUUUCCGAGUUUAUAACGACGGAAGCUAAGUAUGACACAGGCUGCGGAAGACAGUCAAUGGAUGAAGGUGAUAGAAGACUCACUGUUAUAGGAAGAACAUGUACCAAUGAGAUAGAGGAAUCCUUCGGCUUUGGGAGUGUGUCUAUGGAGUUUUCAAGUAGGGAGGACAAUGCAGAGGUAAGAUCAGCAGUAGUAGGAAAAAAGGUGAGAUUCCUGAUUGAGGAGGGAAGCAGUUCGAAUUUGGUUAAUUCGGCCAGGGAAGAGCUUGAAGAUCUGUAUGAGGCAUGUGAGGCUGGCACUGCAUUCAUUUUGGGUCAUUCACACGUGAAGACAAAGCCAGGUUCUCACAUAUUGAAGAAGUUGGCCAUAGAUAUCGGCUACAACUUCCUGAAGAGGAACUGCCGUGGCCCUGAAGUUGCUCUCCGUGUGCCUCCGGCUUCGCUGCUUGAAGUUGGCAUGGUGUAUGUGCUUUGAUGUUUAGGACUGUAAGUCAUUCAUUCUGUCUAAAUGGUGGCUUCUAACUUGUAAUUGUCCGCAAGAAGCCUAAUUGGAAAGGCAGAGGCUGCAGUUCGACCUUGAUAUUGUAUAUUUGCUAGAGCGGGACAUCUUGAUUCAUCAGUUUGUUUCUGAUUGGUGAGAAGUGAUCCCAGGUGAACGUCGUUCCCUCUCAUUCUCCAUCCAUUGAUGUACACAAUGUCUGUUUUUCAGACAUCAAAAAAUUAUGAUUCUUACUAUAAUUGUACACGUUUGGGUCAGAGUUUUUUUUUUUUUUUUUUA